AAUUCGCAAGAUCCGAAAAUCCCACGUUUCCUGCUCUAAAUAACGUUAAUUUAUCUAAACAAUACCCAUCACCAACUCCUAAAAGCUAGCAGCAAGUCAUCAUUUCUCCCCACUAUUGCAUCCCCCCACUCUCUCUCUCUCUCUCUCUCUCCCACCGAAAUCUCAUUAUGGGACAGAAAUCAUGGAUCAUAAUGGGAACGAUCUAUGCAACUCUUUUGCAAGUGUUCUUGGCACUGAACUCAGUUGCAGGAGAUGAUAAAGUCGUCAGCUUGCCAGGGCAGCCAGAGGUUAGUUUCCAGCAGUAUGCAGGAUACAUGACCAUUGAUGAAAAGCAGCAGAGAGCUCUCUUUUACUACUUUGUUGAAGCAGAAACAGAGCCAGCUUCCAAGCCUCUAGUUCUUUGGUUGAACGGAGGUCCUGGUUGUUCUUCGGUUGGGGCUGGAGCAUUUUGCGAGCAUGGGCCCUUUAAACCAAGUGGAGACAUUCUGGUUAGAAACGAUUAUAGCUGGAAUAAAGAAGCAAACAUGUUAUACCUGGAAUCACCCGCAGGAGUUGGAUUCUCGUACUCUGCUAAUAAAUCUUUCUACGACUCGGUGAACGAUGAACUGACAGCCCAAGAAAACAUUGUCUUUCUGGAACAAUGGUUUAAAAAAUUCCCAGAGUACAAAAAUAGAGAUUUUUUCAUCACAGGGGAGAGCUAUGCAGGCCACUAUGUUCCACAACUGGCACAACUCAUUAUUAAAUCUCAAGUGAAGUUCAAUCUCAAGGGCAUAGCUAUAGGGAAUCCUCUCCUGGAGUUCAACACUGAUUUUAACUCCCGUGCUGAGUUCUUAUGGUCACACGGAUUAAUAUCAGAUUCAACUUAUCAAAGUUUCACUUCAGUUUGUAAUUACUCUCAAAUCAGAAGACAGGUGACAUAUGGGUCUCUCACCCCUGUUUGCGCAGAUGUUAAUAGCAAAGUUUCAAGAGAAAUUGGUAAAUAUAUCGACACCUAUGAUGUUAGUCUUGAUGUCUGUCUACCGGCAGUUCAUUCACAAUCCCAGGUGUUGAAUCAACUGCAAGAUACACCUAAAAUAGAUGUCUGUGUGGAAGAUGAAACAGAUACAUACUUGAACAGGAAAGAUGUACAGGAGGCUUUCCAUGCUCGGCUUAUUGGAGUCACCAGAUGGAGUUUUUGCAGCGACGUCGUCAAAUAUAACAUGCAAAAUCUAGAAGUACCUACCGUCCCUAUUCUGGGUGAACUUGUCAAGUCCGGCAUCCGGGUCUUGGUAUACAGUGGCGACCAAGAUUCUGUUAUCCCACUUCUUGGCACCCGGAUGAUAGUAGAUGGAUUGGCUAAGGGUUUGGGACUGAACACAGUUGUGCCUUACAGAUCCUGGUUUGCAGGAAGACAGGUUGCUGGAUGGACACAAGUAUAUGGUGAUAUCUUAACUUUUGCAACCAUUAGAGGAGCAUCUCAUGAAGCUCCAUUUUCACAGCCAAAGAGAUCACUUGUGCUAUUUAGUGGAUUUUUGUCAGGAAAGCCAUUGCUAGAAGCACUCUAAUAACUUGGCAAAGUUCUAAUAAAGGAAAAUUCUAUAUACCAUAUUACCAUCUCACUUUCAUCAAAUGAUGAUAAACAUAUUUCAUCUUACUGUGAAAUGAGAGUGUGGUGUACAAUAUUAUUCUAUAAUAAAUGUUAAGAGGCUAGCAAUCCUCACGUUGCAUUUGAUGAGAGAUUGUUUUUCAUUUAA